AUGACCGUGGUUGACCUCAUGGAUGAGAUGGAGCAGGUGUACGAGGAAGUUAGUGGUGACACCCUUGAGCUUCAGAUUAACGUCUUGUGGAACACGAAGGAUCCCAAGAAAGCCCUGAAUCCAACAGAGAAGGUCAGCCAACACUUUGCGGAUGGCGAGACCUUUGGUGUCUAUGGCGAAAUCCUUCCAUCACAAGCAUGCAGGCCGACCAAGCAGGAGGAAGACAAGAUUCCUGUGACAAUUCUAACAGGCUUCCUGGGUGCUGGAAAGACUACUAUGCUGAACUACAUUCUCCAGGAGCAGAAGGAGAAGAAAAUCGCCAUCAUUGAGAAUGAGUUUGGCGAGGUUCCCAUCGACGAUGCGCUGCUGAAGCAAGAGAAGUUAGCACUAGCAGAGAAGAUUGUCGUUAUGGAUAAUGGCUGCAUGUGCUGCACAAUUCGCGGCGACCUCCUUGGCGGGUUGAAGGAGAUCAUGGAUGCCAUCAAGGAGGGCACUGAAAUCGACCAGGUGAUGAUUGAAACCACGGGGAUGGCGGACCCGGUUCCCAUCGUGCGAACCUUUAUGUCCAGCCCGGAAGUCACGCAAGACUUGAGACUCGAUGCUGUGAUCACAGUAGCAGACUGCAAGAACUUGCCUAAAAGAUUGGAUGAUACCGUCGAGGAGGGCAAGGUAAAUGAAGCUUACCAACAAGUUGCCUUCGCAGACAAGAUCAUCCUCAACAAGCUGGAUCUGGUCGGCUCAGAAGAAGCUAUCAAAGUUAAGGAUAGAAUCAGAGACAUCAACAAGUAUGCCAAAAUUGUGCCGGCUGUGAAGGGCAAAGUGAAGAUGACGGAGCUCUGCAACAUCCGAGCUCAUGACAUUUGCAACUUUGUCAAUGAAGACAUUGAGAAAGAUGCCGAGGUGGCACCCGAACUCGCACAUGGUGAACAUGGCGGCGGUGGCCAUGGUGGACAUGAGGGACAUGGUGGCCAUGAACACGGUGGUCAUGAUGAGAACUGCACAGAGGACCAUGGCCAUGGCGGCCAUGGUGGCCAUGGCGACCACGGCGGCCACGGCGGAUACGCCGCAGGCGAUGGCCAUGGCACGGCACAUGGCACGGCACAUGGUGAAGGACAUGGCCAUGGAGGCAAGGCUGCAAGUAGACACGACGGCCGGGUGAAUUCCUUCUCCGUCGUCCGAGAGGGCGAGAUUGUGCCGCGACGACUGAGUGCGUGGAUGCAGUCAUUAGGACAGCUACCUCCUGAAUGUGGCACCAUUUUCCGCAUCAAGGCAAUCUUGGCGGUCAAGGGACAUCCAUACAAGCAUGUCUUCCAUGCAGUGAUGGACAUUAGCGACGAAGAUGAUGCAGGUCCAUGGAAGGAAGGUGAGAAGAAGGCAGGAGAAUUUGAAGAAUUUGAGCUGGGAAGAGAUGUUUCACAAUGUUUCACCAACUGGAUAGUCAUCGCUAGCAUUAAACCCUCCAAUGUUCGGAAUAUCUGA